CAGAUCCAUUUCCCUGGCAGCAGCCCGGACCCUGGACGUGCGGGUCGUCGCCGGGACAGGUGGGCGCUGCGUUCUUUCCUUUGGGGAAGUCUUGAAGAUGAAUUCUACGUGAACUGCUAGUGAUACUGAAGAAGCAAGGAAUUGCUGGAUCAGAUAAAUUGAAAUGGAGAAGUCCACUGAAGAGACAUCAGAGCUAUCAUUAUUGUCCAGUGACUUAUUGGACUUCAAGCCUUCCCAUCUCAGCCAUAGUGUAUGGUGUUUCAAAUAGAAAAAAACAUGUCAAAUUAUAUUAGGCUUACGUUGCUUCUUAGGUACCUGAUUUGAAAUUUGCAACGUAAUUCCUUUUGUAUAAAGGAGGAACGAUGACUUUUUAUAGUUUCUGUUUGAUCCUCUUUGCAUUUACUUGGAGUAGCUCUGCCUAUGGACCAAAUCAAAGGGCACAGAAGAAAGGAGACAUUAUUCUUGGAGGAUUGUUUCCCAUUCAUUUUGGAGUGGCUGCUAAACACCAGGAUCUGAAAUCUAGGCCAGAAUCAGUAGAAUGCAUAAGGUAUAAUUUCCGGGGUUUUCGCUGGUUACAGGCAAUGAUCUUCGCCAUUGAAGAGAUUAAUAACAGCCCAACUCUUCUUCCCAAUAUGACGCUUGGAUACAGCAUUUUUGAUACCUGCAACACAGUGUCUAAAGCUCUGGAAGCCACACUGAGUUUUGUAGCCCAAAACAAGAUUGACUCUCUGAAUCUGGAUGAGUUUUGCAAUUGCUCGGAUCAUAUUCCCUCAACAAUUGCAGUGGUGGGAGCAACAGGCUCUGGGAUUUCCACUGCAGUUGCCAAUCUUCUGGGUCUCUUUUAUAUACCUCAGGUUAGCUAUGCUUCAUCCAGUCGGCUCUUGAGCAACAGGAACGAAUACAAAUCUUUCCUGAGAACUAUACCUAAUGAUGAGCACCAAGCCACUGCUAUGGCUGACAUUGUAGAGUACUUCCGCUGGAAUUGGGUGGGUACCAUUGCAGCAGAUGACAAUUAUGGCCGGCCGGGUAUUGAAAAGUUCAGGGAAGAAACAGAGGAGAGAAACAUCUGCAUUGACUUCAGUGAGCUCAUUGCCCAGUACUUGCCUGAGGAUCAGAUCCAACAGGUAGUAAAAGUCAUCCAGAAUUCCACUGCCAAAGUGAUCGUUGUGUUCUCCAGUGCACCUGACCUAGAACCAUUGAUCAAAGAGAUUGUCACACGGAACAUCACUGGCAGAAUUUGGCUGGCAAGUGAAGCCUGGGCCAGCUCGUCAUUGAUAGCAAUGCCACAAUUCUUUCAUGUCAUGGGGGGCACCAUUGGAUUUGCUCUUAAGGCAGGACAGAUCCCUGGCUUUCGUGACUUUCUGCAGAAGGUAAACCCUAAGAAGUCUGCUAAUAAUGGAUUUAUUAAAGAGUUUUGGGAGGAGACGUUUAAUUGCUACUUACCAGAAGGAAACAAAAAUUUCCCAGGUUUUUUCCACAAAGGCUAUGAAGAAGGCACUAGAGCUGGAAAUGGUACAGCUUCAUUCUGUCCCCCAUGUACAGGGCGUGAGAACAUCACUAGUGUGGAAACACCAUAUAUGGAUUAUACCCACCUGCGGAUAUCUUAUAAUGUGUACUUGGCAGUAUAUUCCAUUGCUCAUGCUUUGCAGGAUAUAUACACUUGCACUCCUGGGAAAGGACUGUUUGCCAAUGGGUCAUGUGCAGAUAUCAAGAAAGUUGAGGCAUGGCAGGUACUGAAACAUCUGCGACACUUGAACUUCACUAAUAAUAUGGGGGAGCAAGUGGAUUUUGAUGAGUCAGGAGGCCUAAUAGGAAAUUAUUCAAUUAUCAAUUGGCAUCUGUCCCCUGAAGAUGGCUCCAUUGUAUUUGAGGAAGUUGGACACUAUAAUGUUUAUGCCAAAAAAGGAGAAAGGUUAUUUAUCAAUGAAAAUAAGAUCCUAUGGAGUGGAUUUUCCAAAGAGGUACCAUUCUCAAACUGCAGCAGAGACUGCCUUCCAGGUACAAGGAAAGGUAUCAUUGAGGGGGAGCCCACCUGCUGCUUUGAAUGUGUUGAAUGCACAGAUGGAGAGAUCAGUGAUGAAACAGAUGCCAGUGCUUGUGAGAAAUGUGCUGAAAACUUCUGGUCCAAUGAAAACCAUACCUUCUGCAUUCCCAAACAAAUAGAAUUUUUGUCCUGGACAGAACCAUUUGGAAUUGCUCUCACUCUUUUUGCUGUACUAGGCGUCUUCUUAACCUCAUUCGUCUUGGGAGUCUUUACCAGAUUUCGCAACACGCCCAUUGUCAAGGCCACAAACCGUGAGCUCUCUUAUCUCCUCCUGUUUUCCUUGCUCUGUUGCUUUUCUAGCUCCCUUUUCUUCAUUGGUGAGCCUCAAGAUUGGAAUUGCCGCUUACGACAACCAGCCUUUGGUAUCAGCUUUGUGCUCUGCAUCUCCUGCAUUCUGGUGAAGACCAAUCGUGUCCUUUUGGUUUUUGAGGCUAAGAUACCAACAAGCCUCCAUCGCAAGUGGUGGGGACUUAACCUUCAGUUCCUCUUGGUCUUCUUAUGCACAUUUGUGCAAAUUGUCAUCUGCGUCAUCUGGCUUUAUACAGCUCCCCCUUCUAGCUUCCGUAAUCAUGAAAUGGAGGAUGAAAUCAUCUUUAUCACUUGUAAUGAGGGCUCCUUGAUGGCACUGGGCUUCCUAAUUGGUUACACUUGUCUGCUGGCCGCUAUCUGCUUCUUCUUUGCUUUCAAAUCCCGCAAACUGCCAGAGAACUUCAACGAAGCCAAAUUUAUCACCUUCAGUAUGUUGAUUUUUUUCAUUGUUUGGAUCUCUUUUAUACCAGCCUAUGCCAGCACCUAUGGCAAAUUUGUCUCAGCAGUGGAGGUGAUUGCCAUUCUGGCAGCCAGCUUUGGGCUUUUAGCAUGCAUCUUCUUCAACAAGGUAUACAUUAUCCUCUUCAAGCCAUCCCGCAACACCAUUGAGGAAGUACGCUGUAGCACGGCUGCUCAUGCUUUCAAAGUGGCAGCCAGAGCUACACUGCGACGCAGCAAUGUGUCCCGCAAGAGGUCUAAUAGUCUGGGGGGCUCCUCAGGCUCUACCCCAUCCUCAUCCAUUAGCAGCAAAAGCAACCAUGAAAAGCCCUUUUCAAUGCCAACAUCUGCAGAACCACAGCAAAAACAUGGGUGCAAGCAGAAGGUGAGUUUUGGGGGUGGAACUGUCACCUUGUCAUUAAGCUUUGAGGAGCACCAGAAAAAUGCUGUAGCCAAUAAAAAUGCAAAGCACAGAAACUCCUUGGAAGCCCGCAAUAGUGAUGAUAGUCUCAUGCGACACAAAGCCCUACUUCCUCUGCAUGGCAAUGAAUCACUGGAGCCCAAAUUCCAGAUACCCUCAAAUCAAGAAUCCAGCAUAAAAGAAUCAGUAGUGGGAGAAACCAAGCAAGGAGAACAUGUAGAAGGGCCACCUUCUUUGUCAGCUGCAUACCUGAGGGAUUUUGUAGGCAGUGACUCCAUCAAAGAGAAUGCCAUCCAUUCAUAAUCAAAAGAAAAGGAACCAAUUAUUGAGCAAUUUUCUCCUGGAUGGAGAGAAGAAUUGAAUACAUCUCUAAUUCCUCUUACUGUUAGUCUCAGCAGGUUAUAUCCACUUUCAAAGGAAAGCUGAGAGAAACAGUUCCUUAGCAUGUCUUUAGCUGUCCUUUUAGUGCAACCACCCAUGGUUGUGGAAGAUACAAGAAAGAAAACUUUGGAGGGGCAAGAAUGUAUCUUUCCCAGCUGUCCUGUAGAAUUUCUUAUUCUCCUUUCCACCACUGUCCAAAUCAGCAACCUACUGGUUGUGAGUGUGUCGAAGGUUCCAUUAAUAUGCUCUGCUUUUACAUCAAUGGACAUUAUCCCUUUUCUUCCUUGUGUAUAUUAAUUCCCCUUUAUAUGUAAAACUGCUUAGCAACUUUACAACAAGAUGAAACUUGCUGCUUUACAUAAAACAAGUCACACAGUUUGCUUUAGAAAAUAUUCUCCAGUACUCAUGGAAGCAUGCUAAAUAAUGUUCAGCCAGUGGCUUGAACUUGUGAAAUAUUUAACAUUAUAAAUAGUGAUAUUUUUACACAUGAAGCCAGAGCAGAUGCUUCGUAUCUGAAAAAUAGAAUUCUGUGGUCUUCAGAGACAUCACCCUGUUAUCCAGUGCUGCUGUCCUGGAAAUGGACAUAGAGGGUCCAGAUUUAAUUCACCUUGAAGGCAGAAAUAGGGAAGAGAAACCAUAUUCCUAAGGCAGUGUUUCUCAACCUUGGCAAUUUUAAGAUGUUCAGAUUCAACUCCUAGAAUUCCCCAGCUAAUUGAAGUUCACAUAUCUUAAAGUUGCCAAGAUUGAGAAACACUGUCGUAGAGAAAAUACAGAGAGUGAAAAUGUGUCCUUUAUUUCUUGUCAGCCUUGGGUGGUAUUUCUACCCUAGCAGGCCUUUAGUGCAGGGGUCUCCAACCUUGGCAACUUUAAGCCUGGCGGACUUCAAAGCUGGCUGGGGAAUUCUGGGAGUUGAAGUCCACCAGGUUUAAAGUUGCCAAGGUUGGAAACUCCUGCUUUAGUGCAUCAAGAGCUUCAAAUGGAGAAGAGCAGAUCUAAGAAGUUGGGUGUCCCACAAAUUAGAAAAACAAACAAACGAAAAGUUUAGGAAAUAAGAGCAUAGCACACAGCAGCACGAGGAUAAUAGUUGAGCUAACCAGAUUCUGUUAUGAAUCUGGCUAUAGAACCAGAUUCGAUUAUGAAAAGCUAUUAACAAAGUAAGCUAGUUAAAUAUAAUGUAGUCAUGUUUUCAAAAUGUAUCAAUUGAAUCAUACUUCAAUAGAAAAAAAAUGCAGAUAGUUUAAUCUUCUUCUGUGACUUUAGAAAUGUUUUUAAUGGGCAAAUAAAUGGCAGGUAUAGUUAAAUGUUAUGUUUUGCCACAUGUGGAAUUAAUGUCAGAUUGGUCAUUCUAAUGUCUACAAUUCCUACAUUUUAAAAUGUGUUUUACAUACAGAAGUUGCCAAGCUGAGUUCCAUAAGCUCCUAUUCAUACAGAAAGAACUGAGAAAGAAGCCAAGAGUAAUAUUAAGUCUGAUUGUAAUGAAUUCUGAUUGAAUCUUCUGCUGGACCUGUAUUUGCAUAGCAUAAGAGGGACCCCUCUUUUUCCAAAAGAUCUACAGAUUAAUCACUUCACAUUUUUCCACACACAGGAAAUAUAAAUAUAAAUAAAGCAAUGUUCUAUGUCCAUUGACAAAUGCAAUGGAAAGCUCCAUUUGAAUUGUGAGAGCAUAUUGCACAGUGGCUGGGUUAGUGCACUAUGCUAAAGUAGGCAUGCACCAAAAUUUGGGCUGCAGGUACAAGGACUGCUGGUAGCUGGCAUCCAAUUCAGGGAACUAACUUCUUCUGGGAGCAUCUGGAUGGUUGAAGUCAGGUGUGGUAUGUCUAUGCCAAGCCCAAGCCAAUUGUAUUCUAGCUUAGUAUGAUAUGUAAACUCUGCCCAAUUGUACUAUAUUUAAUUAACCCCAAUGAAUCAAGUCAAUGCAAUAUGCAGCCUUAUUAGCCUGCUUAUCAUAGAUUGCAAGCAGUUGCUAAAGAGAAUCAAUUGUUCGAGGGGAAAUGUAGAUACUUCUCUAUUUUUAAUGCCUCUUUAUGGAGUAUACUCUAGUGCUUUGGAAUUAACUAUCCAUUUAUUCAGGGGUGAAUGGAAGGUAAUUUAGGAUCUACUGAAUGGUGGUGGUAGAUUUGUAGUAGAUUGGCAGGGAUUUAUGGCUUCCAUUCAUUGAACAAGAUUUACCAGAGAAUGACUGCCCCUUUCCAAAAAAUGAGAGCUAAAGUGAAACCACUUGGACAACCCAUGAAAGGAUUUUUGCAUAGCCUACAGAUGAGCUCUCACUCAGUUCUGGUACUCCAAACAAAUCUCUGUGCUUGCUCAGCAGCUGCUUAGAUGUCCCAUGUUUGUGUGUGUAUACACAUGCACAGAAAGAAGAAAAACAUUAAUCAGAUGCAAAAAUUAAAGAAAUAGGAAAAAAACACACACAUGCAAAUCAGGAAGGCAUAUUAGAGCAAAUUUACAGUAUACAUAACAAGAAAACCCAAUCCUUAAACAGCAAACAACCUUGACCUAUUAUCAUUGUUUGGACCUUCCACACAUAAGUAGAAGACCUGUCCAUAUGUAGAAAGAAAACAUAUAACUAUAUCCAAAGUUUUAUUACUUUAUCCAGGACUAUUAUUAUAUAAUUUUAAUACCAUGUCAUUAAUACCAUGGCUUCUGGUUGGGAAUAACAAGAAACAAAUAAGUAUACAUUUGGAUUUAAGUCACUAGUUAACUUACAUAGUUAUGAGAGACAGAAGGUCCAUCAGGAACUAAUGUUUUAAUAUCUUUGGACAAAGAUAUUACCUUGGAUGUAAAAGGUAUAUAUAUUUUUCUGUGAUUGCUUCAAUGACAAUAAGAAAUUUGUAGUGGAUCUCCUAAGAAUGCUGGUGAAUAGAAGAAACUUAUCAUGGACCUGAUUAACUCCCCAAAUCUUAUCAUCCCGCAUACCAAAAGCUGUUCUUAAAAGUCUUCAAAUCCUGUCAACUGGAUUUCUUCAUCAAAUCUAAUUUAAUCCUGAAGCGGCAGAUUUUGAGGAAAAAGAAAAUUUAGGUUAUGAUUUGGGAGUCUAACAAAAAAAACGAAUACAAAAUGGCCUUCAGUGUUAUGUAUAUGGUAGUUAAAAUGCCCCUGGAUUAUUUCAAGUUUCAGUGCAUUCUGAAAACAUUAAAUAAUUGAUGUGAGAUAUAAACACAUGGUUAUGCUCUUUUCCCUUGAAAUUUUCAGAAUGCUUGUAAAUAUAAGCCUAGAUGAUGCAGACCUUACACCUCAUAUUGAGGCUAUAGAAAGUCAUAAAAUUAAGCCUGUCUGUCCCUAAUAGCUUAAUACAUAACAAGAAUUUAAUGUAUCUUUUACCAGAGCAUUAAGGAUUUUAUUAUCAAGAUUAUUUUGAACUGAAAGGGUCUGAAAAACCAACUUUUUGUCUGCUAGAAACCUCAGGGGGUUUUUAUUUCUAAGUUUACUGAUGCUGUUUUUUUCCCCAGACAAAUAAAUCUACAUUCAGAUUGAAUGGUUUAUUUAGGGCAGAAUGGCUUCCCUGUGCUAGUCCUGAACUAGUCCUGGAAGCCUUUCACAUUAGUCAACAGCCACCUCUCCAGCAUGCAUUUGAAAGCUUCCUGUGCUGUAAUUCCACACAGCAAGUAAAGGUUGCCCUGGUUUGGUUCAAAAUAAACAACAGGAAUCCUAAGGCUGAAGACAGAAAAGCCAUUUCAUGUGGCUUUAAAAUCUUAAAAUAUUCUUGUGACUUUAAAGUUGAAUGAAUGAAAGCAGAUUGGUAUCAUUUGGGUUCUUCAACCAACUGUUUUUAUGCUUGGUCAUAAGGUGGAUUGAGUAUCCUCUUUUCUUCAUCAGAUGUUAGACUCACACAUAUACAUAUAUACCAGUGGUGCUAUUCAGCUGGUUCUAUCCGGUAGCGGUGGCUGCGGGUGGCUCCACCCAUCCACCCGGAUGUCAUCACGUCUUGUUCUUGACACUAUGCACAUGCGCAGAAAGUCCUGCGCAUGCACAGAGGUAGUGCGUGCGAAUGAAGCAAGCAUGAGUGCUGCCAUUUGCAAACUGGUAGCAAAGGUAAGUGAAUACCACUCCUGAUAUAUACAAUGUUUCCCUGAAAAUAAGACCCUGUCUUAUAUUUUUUUGAACCCUGAAAUAAGUGCUUGGCCUUAUUGCCAUGCGCUCAAAAGCCCAAUUGGGCUUAUUAUCAGGGGAUGUCUUAUUUUGGGGGAAACAGGGUACAUAUAAGUACACAUAUCUGCUUGUUCGAUGUAUUAUAUGUUUCAGUUUUUAUUCAGGAGCUCAAGAAGGUAUUCAUAGUAUUUCAUCUUCAAUUCUACCCUCGCUGUCGUCCUACAAGAAAACCUAACGGGGGGUGGGGGGGAUAGUACUCUGUGAGGCUGAUGACAGGACAUUUGAUCUUAAGAGUCUCCCCAGUUCUAUUCCAGGGCUCUUAAGUACGGUAUGACAGUUUGGAGAGCUUGGAGGUUUCCAUUAGGAAAGCCACUGAGAAAAAUAGACCAUACCCCAAAUGGCACUAGUGAGCUAUAUAUGUUAGCAGUGUUCCAUAUACCUCCUGAAUAUCUUAAUUACCUUGUAGAUAUUUAAAAAUAAUCUUGCAAGGCGUAAGGGCGGUAAAAGCAAUUUGCAACAAGCCAUAGUUUCUUUCUUGUGAGUGGUGGUCAUACAUUUGCCACUGGGGAGAAAAAUGGGCCAAACGCAGGUUUUCUUCCUGAAAUGGGUGGAUUUCUUUGUGAAGAAGCUGGGGGAGGUCACCUCCAUCAAAGUAGUUAUGAAUGUUCCAAACUUGACUAACCUAUUUAACAUUCAUUGAUAUCUUAAUCUGUUUCUACUGAGUCACACUGCUGAUAGUGGUUGUUGGACAGGAACUGAGUUUCAUAUCUAGCAAAUGCCAUCAUACAAAAUGAUUUGUUUGCUUCCCCCACUUGCAGUUGGUGCAAAUACCUUGAGCAAUAAUUUCUGUCUGCAUGCCACUUUGCUGUACCUUCAUAACAACACUAGUGAUAUUAGUGAAUUAGUUACUAAGGUCUAGCUAGACAUGACAUUUUAAAAGGGAUUAAAAAUAUGUUUAGUCAAUUAAGCUGCUUUUAACAACGUAUAUAAAAACGAAAAAUAGUUUCCUUAGUUCUUAAGAAAUUGAAUAGUUUCCCUUUGAUCAUAUCAAAGAUUUAUCUAAGCCAUAAUCCUGUUCCUCAGAGCUAUCCCACAAAUGCUUCUAAAAGCUAAGUAUGAAAACAAUAUUCUAUUGUUGCUUCUCCCUGGCAUAUGCUGUCUGGUUCGCAUUUUCUAGGAUAAUCACAUGAAAUGGCUGUUAAAAAUGUCUUUAUGUAUCUGUCUGCUCCCCUUUUAAAGUCAUCUGUACACGUGGCCAUCAUAUCUUCAAAUAUCUCCAUACAUUUUAACAUGUAUUCUAAUUUCAUGUUAAAACCUGUAUGGCUUUGCCAUGAAUGCAUUCCCAUCCCUUUCUUUGGUGUCAUCCUGAGCUCUAAUGUAAGAAAAGGAGUGAUUUCUCUCUCCGCUCAUUACUGUAUCUCACGUCAUUUGUUGUCUAAAACAAAACUAAAAAGGGCUGCUUUGGAAGCAUUGCGCACGGACAAUGGAAGUUAAAUUGGAUUUUUCAAAGUACUCUAAUGUGAAAAGAAAUUUAAGAAAUAAUCAAGAUUUUAUAUGCAGCCAAAGUCCAAUAACUGUUCUAAUUUUCAAAGGUAGUAUGAGGACUGAAUAAUAAUAAUAAACUCAACUUCUGGGCAUCACUAUAGGUUGUAAAUCUACCAACAUCUUGCAACUGCACACAGACAGACAGACAGGCAGACACACACACACACACACACACACACACGAGGGAAAGCAGUAGAUGUGCAGCACACAGCACACACAGCACUGGAGAGAUGUCAAAAUAGGCAGCCUUAACUACACCAGCUUUAUUUCUACACAAUGGCUCGAUCAUUCCCUUGACUCUUUUCUCUGGGCCAUAUAAAACGAGCUUUGUUUAAAAUAAAAAAAGAUCAGUAUCAUAAGCAGCUGUAGGUUUCUGCAACCAGCACUUGACCUUACACCACUAGGUUUGUCUGUUUUGUAAUACACCACCAAGUUUCACUACUGGUUGUUUAAAGGGAUGCCAAGUCUAUUCUUGUAUAUUACAGUUAACAUUUGUAUUGCUUGUAAUGUUUAUACCAUAUGGCUGUGCAUGUCCUCAAAUCAAAGAGUACGGUUGCCUCCUGUAUUUUGCAGAUGUAAAAUAAGCUGAUAAUGUGUGCCUUUUGGAGAGCUAAAUAAAAGAGGACCUCUCCCA